AUGAUGUACACACCUUCGUCCUCUCUGGGGGCUGCGCUCGUGUUGGCCAGUCUGUCCUCUGCUCGAAAGUGCACCGAUCUCACUGUCGAUGUGCCCGUUGUCUCACGAAAUGCGGUGUUCAACCGAACAGCACCGACAGACAACAUCGAGGUGACCAACUUUGUUCUGGACUUGACUCGCCAAAGUCAUAACCUCACAAAUGAAGCUCUCACCGGCUAUGCAACCAUCAAGAAGACCUACACCGUGGCGGCAACAUACUGCGAACCAGAUGAUGGGCCAUCUGAAACUCUUCAGCUACUCACCCACGGAAUCGGAUUUGACCGCACGUACUGGGACCUCUCCAUCAACGACUACAACUACAGCUACGCGGCCGUAGCAAACGACGACUACGGCUACAGCACCUUCGCGUGGGACCGCCUCGGAAUCGCCCAGUCCGACCACGGGGAACCCGUAAACGAGAUCCAGUCCUCACUGGAGAUCGCGGCGCUCAAGACCCUGACUGACCAGCUGCGCGACGGCUCCAUCGACUGCAUCGGCUCCGGCUUCGACAAGGUCGUCCACGUCGGCCACUCGUUCGGCAGCAUCCAGAGCUACUCCCUCGCCGUGCUCCACCCCGGCGCGAGCGACGGGCUCGUGCUGACCGGGUUCAGCCAGGCCAGCCAGUUCAGCGCGUACUUCGCCCUCGGCGCGGACUUCGUCUCCGCCAACGGGCUGCUGCCUUUUGUGGACUACCCGGACGGGUACCUCGCCUCUGGUAACCCCUCCGGUGUUCAGACAGACUUCUUCGCCCCUGGGAGUUUUGACCCUGCCUUGUUGGAUUUGGCGGCCACAUCGGGCAAGCCGGUCACUGUCGGUGAGCUAUUGACUCUUGCUGGUGCGACUGCGCAACCGAAUCCUCUGACGGGCCCGGUCUUGAUCAUCACUGGAGGUCGAGAUAUCCCCUUUUGUGGUGGAGACUGCCUGUUGACCGGCUCCUCCCUUCCAAACUACCUCGAGAAGAGCAGGCCGUUAUUCCCAAAUGCCAGCAAAUUUGAGGCUGUCGUUGUCGGGGAGGCUGGGCACGGACUGAACUUGGAGUACUCCCAUCCCUUCACGUAUAGCAAGAUCUUGGAUUUUGUUACGCAAAACGUUGGGUUGUGA